GCGUGGCAGUAUUGCCUUCUUUUACACAAAUAUAAGUAAGGUAUAAAAGGUUGGGUAGACCAAUUUUCAGUCACAGUUCAUCACCUAGUUUCAACAGGAAGUUGUAAAAAGUUCUGAGGGAAAAAUUGGAUAAAAUGAAGACUUUUUUGGUUAUCGCAUCGCUUGCCGCGCUAGCGACGGCUGAACCACCAUCUUCAUACGGGGGAGGAAACCGAUAUCAAGCGUCGGAACCGCAAUAUGGUGUCCCCGCAGCGGUUGGGCCUGCCCCCAAUGGGGGGUAUGGGGCUCCUGCUCCCGGGGGGUAUGAAUCCCAAGGCGGAUACGGAGCACCAGCCUACGUCCCACAAGUUUUCAAACAUGUUUACAUUCAUGCCGCCCCGGAUGAGCCAACUUAUGCGGAAAACAAGGUCAUCCGUGUCCCCGGAGGGGGCGACAAGCACGUCAACAUCAUCUUCGUCAAGGCCCCCAGCCACUCUUCCUCUCAACAGACGGAAGUCAUCCUUCCAGAACAACCCCAGCAAAAAACGGUUGUUUACGUUCUUGUGAAAAAGCCUGAGAAUUAUAACAACGUUAAGGUCACGGCACCCCAACAAACGCAACCCCACAAACCGGAAGUGUUCUUCAUCCGGUAUAAGAACAAGGAAGUUGCCGCUCCCGCGUACGGUCCACCUCCUCCAGCCCAAGCGUACGGUCCAGUUGGGGUUGCACCAGCGCCACCACAACAAGAGUACGGGCUUCCCAGCGGGGGAUAUCAUCAGGGUUAAGUGCUUAUCUUGAGUGAGACAUUAUUUCCAUGCAAAUCUUCUUAAACUAUAAUAGCUUUCUACUACAGCUUUGCAAAUCUGUGAUGUGAUAUAAAAAACACUUUACACUUAACACUACUUUACAAACGUUCUCUUCUGUAGAACUUAUUAGUAUUAUUAGUAUCUGUAUUAAGAAAAAUAUUUUUUGAUGUACUGACUAUGAUGAGGAUAAAUGAGGCAUAAUUAUUACGGAAAUUGUCCAGAUUUUGGGACAAUAUUGUUGUUCAAAUAAGAAAAAUAAAACAGACUUUGUUUUUUAUAAAAAAAA